AUGUCCGAACUCUCGUUCGCCAACAACUUUUGGGGUAAAGAUGACACUGGAGUCGAAAACCUCCUCCAUAGAAUGCAUGAUUCCAAACAAACCUUUGAAGAAAUUCAGUCUUUUAUCAAGGAGAGAAUUGCUAUUGAAGAAGAGUACGCAAAGAAAAUGCUGGCGUUAUCUAGACGUGCUCUUGGAUCUGGUGAAAUGGGCACCACUCGACACGCAUUGGAUACAAUAAGAAUCAAUACGGAAUCUAUGAGUAAAUCCCAUAGUGCCGCAGCACAGCAGUUUCGGAAAGAGCUUAGUGAACCUCUUGAUGCCUUUGCAAAUAGCACAAGACAGCGUCGUAAGACUGUUGAGGGGACAGUCGACAAGCUGUUAAGAGCUAAAACGGCGCAAAAUGCGGCAGUGGAAAAAGCUCGUACAAGAUACGAGUCUGAUUGCAAUAAACUCAAUGGAUACCACGCCCAACAGAGUCUUCUGAUGGGCCGAGAGUUGGAAAAGAACAACUCUAGGCUAGAGAGAGUUCAAAUAUCAAUCGAUAGCUCAAAAGCCGACUACCAAGGAUCAUUACGAGUUCUAGCAGAAACGAUUGAUCGAUGGAAUAAAGAGUGGAAAGAGAGCUGCGAUAAGUUUCAAGAUUUGGAAGAGGAGCGAAUCACAUUUCUGAAGUCAAAUCUAUGGGCCUAUGCCAACAUUGUCUCGACUGUAUGUGUUAGCGACGAUGAGGGAUGUGAAAACAUCCGUGUUUCGUUAGAAAAAUGCGAUGCAGCUAAGGAUAUUGAGAUCUUUGUCAGAGCAAAAGGUACAGGCUCUGAAAUUUCGGACCCUCCAGAAUUUGUUAAUUUUCUGCAAGGUUACAGUAGAGAGAGUACCACAGGGCAGUUCAAAGUUGCAAACUUUAGAAGAAGGGGAAGUGAAGAUGGUUCGAACUUAGAGGUAACCAUGACUCAAGAGGAGUACGAGAUAAAUAGUCAGAAUCGUAAUGAUGUCGUUAGUUCUCGUAUGAGUAAUGCCAGCACAUCGGCUCCCCAAAGACAUCAAAGCUACGAGUACGAAUCAGAUAGUAGGACCACAGCAGUUCCUUCUCUUUCAACUUCAGUCACAACAUCUAUCCCAGUAUUAUCUCCAAGUUUAGUUGAGUCUGAUCGUUCUGCCCAAACAUCGCCCGUAAUGAACACGAUUUCACCAAAUAGUUCUGUUUAUUCAAACUCAACAUCCAUUUCCUCUCAAUCUGACAUCGCUAUGAAUGAGGAUGAUGGGCAGUCUACUGUGAAGAAGAGAACUUGGGCAUCUCCAUUUGGACGCAAAAGAAGCAAAAAGGAUCUUUCUAAAGGGUGGAACUCCUUUUCUCGAUCGCAUUCUUUUAACUCUAGCACUGAUGCAAAAGACAAUUCUAGUCCAUCUGGGUUUGAGUUUACCAAUUCUGCCUCUGCCAAUGAUCUCACUUUGACCGCAAAAUCCGGGGUAGGUAAACAGUUCGUGGAAUCCUCACCUUUGACUCCACGUCCCCAACAUGCCAAUAGGGCUUCGGUUUUGGGAAUGGGAGAUAAUAUGUUUGACUUGGGUGUUAAUCCUGUAGCAGCCAGAAACGAAGGUAGCUCUAGGAGCCCAUCUCCAAACAAAAAGACACUACCGAGAGACGACCCACUUUUAGCUGCUUUAGAGCGAUUGAAGGUCUCAUCCGCUUCCCCAUCACCAGGAAAAGAUCAAAGGCCACAUUCACUAGUUGCCCCCGAACCAGCAUUUACUGCAGGGGAGAUGAAUGCAACUUCUUCUAAAUAUUCUCAACAAACGAAACAACUGUUCUCUUACGACGAUGAACACGAGCGUCAGCACCGUUCUCAAAGACCCAAAUCAAGUAUAGAUCUGAGAUCAUCUCAAGUUCCCAGAGCCACCUCCCCUAAUUCUCUGAUGGGUGGUCCAUAUCAGAUUACAGCCUCUCCAAACACUGUCCGUGAAAGGCCUAGAUCUCAAUAUAUUGAGAACUCAUCUGAAUUCGAUGUCAAUUCCUACCGCCAGCAUCAGCGAUCUAAAUCCCAGUCUCCAGUUAAAGGUAGUGGUGAGCCUAACAUGUUAGAUUAUCGCAGAUCUGCCUCGCCAAAUCCUUAUAAUCAGAGAAGGGCACAAUCUCCUCUCCCUGGAAAUAUUAGGUCUGCUUCUCCCGUUUCUUCUAUGCGCAGCUACCAACCUCAAGACUAUAGCCAAGGAGAUCAAUAUCACAACUACCAACAACAACCCUCUCAGCAACCAUCCCAAAGACGGUCUCGACCACGUAGCAAAUCAUCUGUAGAUAUUCGCAACAUGAAGCGGGCUGACGCUUAUCCAGCAACAACUAGUGAUAACCGUCCGGUGAUUCGAUAUAGUAAAGCUGCCUAUGAUUAUAGAGCCGCGAUCCCAGAAGAAGUGAGUUUCCGUAAGGGCGAUAUUCUACUUGUCACAGCGAUGCAGGAAGACGGGUGGUGGGAAGUAGAGGUGAUGGCUAAUGGUAGACUGGGCUUGGCCCCCAGUAAUUUCCUUGUCGAUGUAUAA